AUGAAAAUGCGCGGUGGUGAAGUGGAAGUGAAAAGGGUGUUUAUUGGAGCAGGAUGCAACAGAAUAGUGAACAACGUUUCAUGGGGUGCUUCUGGCUUCGUCUCUUUUGGCGCUCACAACGCCGUUGCUAUUUUCUGUCCCAAGAGUGCUCAAAUUGUGACUACUCUUCCGGGUCACAAGGCAGCUGUGAAUUGCACCCACUGGCUUCCAACUUCCAAGUUUUUAUUUAAAGCAAAACAAUUGAAGCAGCAUUAUUUGCUUUCUGGCGAUGCAGAUGGAGCUAUUAUGCUGUGGGAAAUGUCCCUUGCUGAUGGGAAGUGGAGGCAAGUGUUACAACUGCCACAAUUACACAAGAAAGGUGUUACAUGCAUUAGUGGAAUUAUGGUUUCUCAGACUGAGGCACUUUUUGCAUCUACUUCUUCAGAUUGCACUGUUUGUGUAUGGGAACUUGUUUUUCCAAUUAAUGGUAGCGGUGACUGUAAAUUGUCGUGCCUGGAUUCUUUCACGAUUGGAUCUAAAUCCAUGGUAGCCUUAUCAUUAGCUGAAUUGCCUGGAGAUGGUGGGCAAAUUGUCCUCGCAAUGGGAGGAUUGGAUAACAAGAUUCACCUUUAUUGUGGUGGAAGGACAGGAAAGCUUGUACAUGCAUGUGAACUAAAAGGUCAUACAGAUUGGAUCCGGAGUUUGGACUUCUCAUUGCCUAUAAAUGUGAAUGGAGAAGUAAACAAUAUUUUUCUGGUGAGUUCAUCACAGGAUAAAGGCAUUCGAAUUUGGAAGAUGGCGUUACGCAGCUCUAUGUCAAAUGGAAAUGGCAUAUGCAAGAAAGGAGAAAUAAGCUUAUCAUCCUAUAUAGAAGGGCCUGUGCUUUUGGCUGGUUCAUCUUCUUUCCAGAUAUCCUUAGAAUCUCUUUUAAUUGGACAUGAGGAUUGGGUAUAUUCAGUAAUGUGGCAACCCCCGUCGGUUUCAUCCAUAGAAGGGGAUGCCUAUUAUCAACCACAAAGUAUCUUAUCUGCAUCUAUGGACAAGACUAUGAUGAUCUGGCAACCUGAAAAGAUUUCUGGUGUUUGGAUGAAUGUGGUUACUGUUGGGGAACUUAGCCACUGUGCUCUGGGGUUCUAUGGUGGUCAUUGGAGCCCAAAUGGAGAUUCAAUUUUAGCACAUGGAUAUGGUGGAUCUUUCCAUCUUUGGAAAGAUGUUGGUAAUGAUAAUUGGCUGACACAAAAGGUUCCCUCUGGUCACUUUGCACCAGUGACCGACAUUGCCUGGGCUAGAUCUGGUGAUUAUAUUAUAUCUGCCAGUCACGACCAGACAACUAGAAUUUUUGCUCCGUGGAAAAUUGAGGCUUCUCUCCAAGAUGGAGAAUUUUGGCAUGAGAUAUCUCGCCCUCAAGUUCAUGGUCAUGAUAUAAAUUGUAUGGCAGUUAUUCAUGGGAAGGGGAAUCAUCGUUUUGUCAGUGGAGCUGAUGAAAAAGUUGCCAGAGUAUUUGAAGCCCCAUUAUCAUUUCUGAAGACAUUAAAUAAUGCCACUUUGCACAAGUCUUGUCCUUCUGAUGAUAUAUUGGGAAAUGUUCAGAUUUUGGGUGCAAAUAUGUCAGCUCUUGGACUAUCACAGAAACCUAUUUAUGUUCAAGCUGUACAUGAGAUCCCCGAAAGAAGUGAAAUCGAUGGUAUUGACACUCUUGAAACUAUUCCCGACGCCAUUCCAACUGUGUUCACUGAACCUCCAAUUGAAGAUCAACUGGCCUGGCAUACACUUUGGCCUGAAUCACACAAACUCUAUGGGCAUGGAAACGAACUAUUUUCUUUAUGCUGCGAUCAUAAGGGUGAGCUUGUUGCUUCUUCAUGUAAGGCCCAGUCUGCAGCUGUUGCAGAGGUAUGGCUUUGGCAGGUCGGUUCAUGGAAAGCAGUUGGCCGCUUGCAAUCCCACAGCUUAACAGUAACACAGAUGGAAUUCUCACAUGACGACAACUUUCUUUUGACUGUCUCAAGGGAUCGCCAGUUCUCUGUUUUUUCAAUCACAAGAACAGGCUCCGUUGAAAUUAAUUAUAGCCUUCUUGCGAGGCAAGAGGGGCACAAGCGGAUUAUCUGGUCAUGUUCUUGGAAUCCACAUGGUUAUGAAUUCGCAACAGGCUCACGGGAUAAGACGGUGAAAAUCUGGGCCGUUGAAAAGGAUUCAUCCAUCAAACAGCUUAUGACUUUGCCUCAAUUUAUGAGUAGUGUGACAGCAUUGUCUUGGGUUGGUCUCCAUCAUCAAAGGAAUAAUGGAAUUCUAGCUAUUGGAAUGGAAAAUGGGCAAAUAGAAUUGUGGAAUCUGUCUUGUAACAGAGCAGAUGAUGGGAGCAUAGCACCACCAGGUUUGGCUGCCACUCUUGCUAUACGUAUAGAUCCUUUUAUAUGCCAUGCCUCUACCGUAAACCGUUUAGCGUGGAAGAAAAAUGAGGAAGAUCACACGAGUAUGCAACUUGCUUCUUGCGGAUCUGAUAAUUGUGUGAGAGUGUUCGAGUUAACGGUUUAG